AGUCGAAGAAGACUGUCAUUGCGUCAUGCUGUGAGAGUCUGGAUAUGUCACUUCCGUCAAAAAUAAAACAAACGAUACAGCUAGCCAUGCUGUAUCUGCUGUACUAAAUUUGGCUUUUUAAUGCUGUAAUCGUGUUUAAAUCAAUCCAGGAUUCAACUGGUAUCGUGAAACUCUCAGGUCAGUCCACACUGAUUCAUAACAGGACGGUUAAUUGGCGAAGUCCCAACUGUUUUAGCUAUGUCGUUCACCGGCGUCACAGCUAGGCUAGUUAACACUGAAUAAACAAGAAAACAUGCUAAAGUAAAAUAUUCUGUUAACCCUGGCCAUAAAAAACAUAAAAACUUGUGUUUCCACUCCUUUUCAUGCACAUUGCAACAAAAUAUAUAAAAGUAUUCGCAGAUAUUGAUUAAUUAGUGAGGUCGAUUUGCGAGGUUAGCCUCGAUGUAGAGCCAAUGAAUAAGAAAACAGUGUGAUGGCUUCAAAGUAUUUUUCUCAUCUAACUGAAAUACUUUGACAUGUAGCAUGUUUACAAAGGUUUGACCAAAAAGUGGGGAUGAGAAUGUUAAAAUUCAUCCUCAUUGAUGUUGCAUGUGACAUGAAAUGUAAACAAACAGGUUUAAGGUAAAGAUAUCUACCUUCAAGUCUCAGUUUUUCCUUGAAGGUUGGGUACCCUGGAUGCAUUUGGAAGCUGUCUCAUCUCUAGUUGUGUAUCUGAAGUUGAAAAGUAAAUUUUGGGUCCUGAAUUAGAUCCUAGUCCCAGGCUCAUAGAAGAGUAUCUGUAGUACAGAUCAUGAAGAAUAAAAGAGAUGUGCAAGUCUUUGAGUUGUAUUAAGAAUCUGCAUGUGGACUUUAAGUGUACUGAGAUUGGUGUUCUCCAAAAACGGGCAAAAUACAUAAAAAGUGGCUGCUUAUCUGGAUUAUAGUUCAGGUAUUAUCAAACAAAUGAGACUGAUCUGCUGGUUUUCUCACACCUGGUGUCCUUGAGCCUGAGAUACUCAGAUGUGUACCACACAGGCUGGCUGUUUAAGCUGUAACUGUAACUUCAAGCUGUAACAAAAAGUGUUGGAACGGUGAAGCUAGGGAUAAGCAAUGGAAAAAAGUUUAUCACAUGAAAUAUUUUUCAUAUCAGUCGAUAUCGGUAUAUAACACGAUAUAAAAAAUGAAAAUUAACCAUGCUUAUUGGAAGCAUGGGUUUUUCAAUACAAUAAGCCACUGCGUCUGUAAGGUCUUUGUGUCUUUUUGAUGUUUUAUAGUAAGGCGUUGUGCUUGAGAAAGCGGACUAGAAUGGUCGGCUGUUUCGGCUGCUCAGGUGCCAUGGGCUCCUUGCUCCACCUGGUGUUUGUAACCUAUUGUGCUGCAUAUGCUCUGCCGCAUUGCACUGCUACAGGUGGUGAAAAAGAUUUGAGGUAUUCCUCGACUUUGCGAGAACAUGUACUCGACAUUAUUUGCAGUGCACAUCACUCUGCUUCAUGUCCGACCUCAAAAAACCAAAAUACCUCCACACCACCAACGUUUUCGUGCCAGUGUUGUUGACAAUGUCAUCAUCUGUUGAACCUUUGUCUGCAUUUCUGUGGGGGGUAGCACUCAUUUUCUGUUUUUUUCAGGAUCAUCUCAAACAUACACGCUACAAUUGAUGAUGUUACUCUCUCGAUUUGUAGCAGACAUCUACAGAAACAUAGUGUCUGUCCAUUUAAAAAAAGAUGCAGCCUAACGGAUUGGGGGAUCCUUUGUCAUGCAGCAAGAUAAUGACCCAAAACUCACUGCCAGAACUACAAAGGAGCUCAUCAGAGGCAAGAAGCGGAAGAUUUUAGACUAGCCAAGUCAGUCUCAAACCAUGCAGUGCAUGCAUUUGUCCAGCUAAAGAGGAGACUGGAGUGACUAACACCCCUAAACAAACAACUGAGAGAGGCUGCAGAGAAAACCUCGACAAGCAUCAUAAAGUGCAAAAGUUUGGUGAUAUCAGUGGGUCACAGGCUUGAUGUGGUUAUGGCAAACAAAGGAUUUGCAACUAGAUAUUCACUUAAAUCUAUUGUAAGACCAUCUGUACCAAUACUUCUGCUCUCCGCUAAAAUUGGUGUUCCAUUGUAAUAUGUGCCGUCUUCUAUCCUCUAAGGUUUGUAUCUGAUCUAUAUGUAGAUACCUGGAAAUCAAAGCUGAAAUGUUCAUCUUUCAACAUUUCAACACAGGAAGUGUUUCAAUACUUUAGGAAGGGAGUAAUUGUAGAAUAGAAUUUGCCCAACACAAUGGUACGAUUUUUUUUUUGUUGUCAAACCAUGGUGAUUUCUAAAUAAAAGUCUGUUCCCUUCUUGUCCAGAUACUCCAUGGUGGCAGGCUCAGCACUCAUGGAGCCUUCCACCAAGCCUGGGAACAACCAGGUGGCUGAUGUGGUGUUCGUAAUCGAAGGGACGGCAAACCUUGGACCCUACUUUGAAUCCCUACGAAAAAAUUACAUCCUUCCAGCAAUUGAGUAAGAACACGGAGAGUUGUUGUAGCUUUGUGCAGUUUUCAUGUUUUGGCCCCUUAUUUUCUUUGUUUUGUCAAACACAGAUAUUUUAACGGAGGGCCCCCUGCAGAAACAGACUUUGGCGGGGAUGUAAGUGUUUAAGUUUAUCUUCAGAGUAAAAUGAUGUUGAAAAAAGACUUGACUUUUGACAAUAUGAUUAUGCUUCUUUUGUCCUUCUAGUAUGGAGGAACACAGUAUGGCCUUGUGGUAUUCAACACAGUGGACUGUGCCCCUGAGUCAUAUGUCCAGUGCCAUGCACCAACAAGUUCAGCUUUUGAGUUUGUCUCUUGGAUCGACAGUAUUCAGUAAAAAAUUUUCUCAAACUUUUCACUCAUGCUGCUUCAGAUUCCCACAUUUGUGAAGACAGCAGGCACUAAACAGACUCUUUUUCUCUCUCAGGUUCAUGGGAGGUGGAGCAGAAAGCUGUAGUCUAAUAGCAGAGGGACUCUCUGUGGCCCUGCAGCUCUUCGAUGACUUUAAGAAGAUGCGAGAGCAAAUGUAAGUGGUCCAGAAGUUUGACUCUGCUCAGUGACUCCAUACUUCUACACCAAUGGUAGCAUCAUAGCAAGGCGUAGAACAGCAUAUGUUACAUUCAGUCAGAAAGUCCUGAUGAAGCAAUAAGGGGUAUUAGCUGUUUCUCAUGGAGCCGCUGUAAACAAAUCUACAUUUACUGCAUGCAGACCUCUCUAAAGCCCUUUACAGACACAUACCAAACUCCUAAAGAUUUCCUGACUUUAUCUGGGAGGCCGACAUGUGUUCACAUAGACAGCUUAGUUAUGUUAAACAUGCUUUUCAUGCCAACCCCAUUGUAAAAUGUCUGAGAGAAGUUGGGUUAGAACGCAGCAGGAAAUAAUCAGGAAAAUUUACCGUGAGAGAGACAUCAUUCAUGCUUCGUACACUUUUCUGUUAGCCUCAGUUAUCUGUAUAAGGCUCUCUGCUGGUGUGUUAGUGCCCUUAUAUGUGAUGUAGUGGUUUAUAUGUGGAAGUCUCCUCUUCCUUCUGCAUGCUGCCUAGCUGCCCCCCAAACCAAAUGUUUUGUUUUUUGAGCACAUCUAAAGGCAAAAAGUAUCCUCAAAGAGACUGAUGACAUGUGAACUACUCAUCGGAGACAAAGUUGUCAGCUUUUUGCUUGCUGUUUUUCUCUCUCUCCAGAGGUCAAACCCAUAAGGUGUGUGUGCUGCUAUGUAACUCUCCUCCUUACCUGCUCCCUGCUGUGGAGAGUGUCAGCUACACAGGCUGCACGGCAGACAACCUGGUCAAAAUCAUCAGGGAUGUGAGUCAUCUGUCAUUGUGCUUCAUGUUUUCCUAAAUUUGACACCAAAUGAAACCAAAGACUUGUUUCAAAGAAUAUUCUUUGAAUUUGGAAAUGGACUGUAUGUGAUUGAUGUCUUCUCUUGUUGAAUUUUUCUCAUUUUGUUUGUCUUUUCUCAGAGAGGAAUUAACUUCUCUGUAGUGGCUCCGCGCAAACUGCCAGCUCUCAGGGCUCUGUUUGAACGGGCAUCUCCAGUAGGCGGUGCAGUUGAACCUCAUCCAGACUACAGUCAGGACCCUUUCCACAUGGUCCUGGUCAGAGGGAUCUCGCUUCCUGGUGAGAAAACACGAUUUAGCACCUUGUUUGUGUGGGCGGCACUGUGCUUGGACCAGUCUGCCCACAUUUAUCAACUUUCCUUGGAAAAAGAAAUAAAACUGCAUUGUACUUUGGAGACAGUUUAAACUUUUAAAAUAGAUUUGCAUAUUUAUGUAAUGUUUUUGGACACUUUCUGAAUAUUCAGCAUCUGCAGAAUUUUUAUUUUUUUUUUACAGUUCAUAGGCUAAGCAGCUGACUCCUUUUGCUAAUACCAUUUUUGACAAAGACUGUUUUAAACGGGUGGGAACUACAGGGUAACUUGAGAAGAUAUGAUAUAAUUCAAUGUAGUAUGAUACAGGGCUGUUGAUAUUACUGAUUUUGAUGGUAAUGGUCUUUAUUAAAUAAUAAAUACUGACUAGUGUGAAAAAUUUGCAUGCAGUAAUAUGAUGAAUUCGUUGCCAAGGAUGACAGAGAGGAGAGACGGAGAAGAAGACGUAGCAGAUAUCCUGUGAACUAGCUCAAAGCAGCUCUAAGAGAUGAUUGUCAUGAUGACUCUUUUCUUUAGACGGCUUUCAUCCAGUUCCCUAACUUAUGAUCUACUAGAGGUAGCUUGUCAUUUUGAUGAACAUAUUUUCAUUAUGUUGCUCUGCAUUUUCUUGCCAUUCUCAAUUUCACUCACUGUGUUUUUUUUAAUGAAAAAUUUCCAGAAACAGAGCAAUAAUAUCGUUUUCAUGAUAUUUUAUGUCUAUGAUUAUCCAGAGGUAAAAUUUGAUGGGGUGACAGCGAUGUAAUGCAAAACAAAACAGUAUGAUUAGAGAUGAUACAAGAAGAUAUGAUGGAUAUGAUAUUGUAUGAUAUGAUAUAAUAUGUCACGGUGCACUCACACCAAGCACGAGUAUAAUCCUCUACUUGCUUGAUUCAUGGGAAUCCCCAGGCGAGCUCCUUUGUAUUCCGGUUUCAGUAAUAAAAAGAAAAGGUAUCAUAUGAUUCAGGGCACCCACUCACCGAAAUGAUCAGUUUGUCCUCCAUUUUAGAUACCAGUGAACAACUGUCUGUUUUCAUAUGUCACCCAGCAACCUCUGUGUUGCUUACUUAUUGCGACGUGAAUAUCCGCUCAAGUUGAGACAUUUUCAGCUCCCGCCCAAGUCACGUCAUCCAUGCCGCCAGAGUAUUACAAGCAUUUCAUCGCGUGUUUGCAUUGAGGUAACGUGUAAUUCAUUCGCGCGGAUGUUUUUAAUCGCACUUGGUUUGUGGAGCACAGGCAUAUAUAUCGGCGGUGCAACUGAUGCAGCUGCACUGUGGCCCUGACGCCGUCAGUGGUCCAUGAAGGAGGGUGGAAAAAAACAAAGUAAAAAAUCAGCACCGGGGGAGUUCUCCACAGUGCUGAUCGCACGCAAUGGAUGCAUUUCCUCCACAAUGAUGCACAGCGACCGGCUCUGCCUCUCAUCAAGAUUACAAAAAGAAAUGGCUGGCAGGGAAGUAAAGUUUUUCUCUGUGGCACAGGGAGAGAGCGCGCAAGAGCAGCACGAGCAGAGUAGAGCAUCAGAGAUAUUUAGCCUUAAAGCUCCACAAAAUGACACAAACAGGGAAGCCGGUGGCAAAAAAAAAAAAAAAAGAAAGAAAGAAAGAAGGAAAGAGUGCAGCGUGUUUAGGCUGUCAGCCUACAUGGCAAUAAUAGCAGUUCUCUGUAUUGGCUGUGCGUGUGUGCGGUGUACGCUUUUGUUUAGGGCAGGGGUGGGGGCACAAAAAAAUAUUUGCACCAGAGUCUAUCACCAUGAUGUUACGCCACUGGUGUGGAGACAGUUACAAUACAAUGUUAUACAAUAUUAUGCAAUAGAGCAUGAUGCGAUAGAUCAUAAUACAAUACAAUCCGGGGUUGUUGUAUAAAACACUUCAAUUUGAUAUAAUAAAAUACAAUACAAUAUGUUAGACACCAUAGAAUAUGAUAGAGUUGGAUGCCAUACUAUAAGAUGUGAUGCAUUUAGACAUAAUUUGUUAUGAUGCAAUAUGAUGCAAUACUAUGUGGAAUGAUACUCUGAUAAGAUGUCAUAUAAUGCAAUACUAAAUAAUAUAAUAUGAGAUAUCCCAUAAGUUACCUGUGGUGACAGUUAUAUCUAUUUACAGUGAUUUAGGGAUUAUUGAUAAAUAACAUAGUCAUGCAACAGUACAUUAGGCUAUCUUAUGAGUUACAGACUACAAGAGGCUUCGUAAAAGUCAAGUUAAGGAUUAAAGUCAUAAAUGACAGAACUUUGAGGACUCACGUUUGAUCUUUGGUGCAAGUAAUGCAAUGAUUUGUGCAUUACACAAGUCAAUGAUGCCUGGCCUUGUUGUAUUAAUCCUCUGUGUCAUCCCUCAUUUUGUACCCAUUCAAAAGGCAAUAGUAAAUCGCUUCAACUGAAAGUCAUUCAAUAUCUGACUGGCACAGCUACAGGUAUUUUUUUUCAUGAGCCGGUUGAGAACAAUCACAUUUAACAGAGAUUAUAUUGGGUGUGCAUCUUGUCUGCGUGGAAGUUAAUGUUCUGCAACAGGAAGCUGUUUGACACCAUCUCUAAUGGAGCUGAUCUGCAAACAACGGGCCUGUAUCAGUAUCUGAAAUCAGUGCAAACAAACCGGCCUAAGUCAUUUAACUAUGCUCUGUUUUAAAUGUGUUUAUGUUGAGGACUACAGCAGAGGUCUGCCCAUUCAGAAAGUAUAUUAGCCUUUAAAGCGAGUUUGCAAUGCUUGCACUGUGUAACGUUCAUAAUGAACAUUGACAUGCAUGUAAAACCUGUCUCUCCAGUCCCACUUUUUUUGGACGGUUUGUGGGCUUUAAACAACACAAGUAAAGCUGGAAUGAAUGUCCUUAUCUCUUUCUGUGCAUCUUUUGUGUUUGUUCUUUCAACUUUGAUGCUAAAUCCCUUUUUGAUUGUUUGUUUGCUCCAGUGUGCCUUCUCUUCCUUUGUGUUUGAUUUUGAUGAGUUUUAACACAUAAAUGUUAUUUUUACAUCUUUACUCGUGGUUUUAGUUUUCAGCUUUACAUGGUAAAGGCUGCUGGAAAUCUAAAAAAAUCACACAAUUGUUCUCUAAGAAGAUUAUAGCAGGUUCCUUCUAAGUUGGCGGUAGCUUAGAUAAAGACUUUUUGAGCUGCUCCUAAUGGUUCCUCCUACAUUUGACUGUGAGUAGGAGUCAAUCCCUGGUAAAUGUUUCUAAUCCUUGACUCUUAGUGAUGAACUAUUGAGCUCCUACAUUACUUCCACAGAAUGUUAUUACACUUCAAAAUUGUCUUCAAAACUUCGGGCUUGUUCUUCUUUCUGUCUCCAGUUUCCUUAGGUGGAGGUCCAGGGCCACUCAAACCUGUACUUCCCCUGCAACCCAACAGCCAGGCUCUUGGUGGAGCCUCACAGCCCGUUCCACCCAUUAACCCAUCCCACCCUUACCAGGUAAGGGGUGAGCAGCCACACACAGUUGUAAAGCUCUCCGAACACUUCCUCCUGCCGCCUGUUUUUGGCUGAGUUUCAUAGGGAGGUGUUUAUGUUUGCUCCUUAAAAUGUUUAACCCAGCUUUGUCUUUCUUUAAAUCUUCUUGCUGACAGAAUCAGCCCCCCAUGGCUGCUGCUCAGGCAGCUGCACAGAUGGCCGUGGAGGCAGCCAACAGCCAGAAGAGAAGCUGUGAGUUGCCAGUGGGCUGUUUAUGUUUGCCAGGCUUUUAGCUGUUGUGUCUCGGUGUCUAUGUUCUCCGUGUGCCACUGUCUGUACAUCUUAGAGUAAGGCUAAAUAAAGCUUUAUUUUUUCAGAAAACUGUUUCCAAACAUUUUAAAUCUGCCUUGUUCCCCUUUUUUAUUUGUAUUUACUAGAUUCUUUCACCCAGAGUGACCUGUAUCUAAGCUUGAAGAUGGAAGUUAUAAGAGUAAAUUGUUUUUUUAACUGAGCAUGUUUUUUCCUCCCCUAGUCCCAGGAAUGGUCAGUCAAGGUCCCCCAUUCACAGGUCAGCCAAACAUCCCAUCAGUCGCGGGGGUGAAGCACAAUCAGCCGAGCAUAUCCACAGUCACCACGGCCUCACAACCCUUGAUGCAGCAGCAACAAGUUCCUCCAAAUCAACAGCAGCCAGUCCCGCCUCCUGGGCAGCCUGUUCCCAAUCAGCAGCAACAGGGGCAGCCUCAGCAGCAGUCCCUCACAAAUCAGCCCACAGCGGCUUCAGCGCAGCCCAACAUGGUAAAUCAUGACCAUCCUUAUUAAACAUAUAGUGUCAAAUUUUCUGUCAGAGUGAUAAAGAACUGGUGUCCUCCUCACUGUUUCGGGGGGAAGGUUAGCGCAUGAAUCUAAGUUCUGUUUAGGUGGUGAUACGUAAUGUGAGUUUCAGACUUGGAGUUUCCUGCUAAAGCUAUGGAGACGCAUCAAUAAAAAUCCAAUACCUCUGAUUAAUGUAAGAUCUGUGGCUGGUUAGCUUAUCUGUGCACAAAGAUCAUGAAUAUGGGAGGGCAGCCAGUGUGUCUCUCCAUAAUUCAAAAAAGACAAAGUCUCUAAAAACCUCUGAAGUUCAUUUAUCCAUGAAUUUUGCCCUUUGUGCUUCAUCCUGACCAGAUUAAAAAUGCAAGAAGAUGUGGUCCUUAUAGAUAGUUUAUACUCCCAGAAGCCACUGCGUCUUUCACAAAAACUCUUUUCUAAUAACUUAACCAAAACACAUGGGAGUUAUUUUUACAUUUUGAUAUCCCAUCACAUCAAAAAGGAGGUUUAUUAUCAGUAGGGUCUCCUGCCUUUAGGCUUAAGGGUUUACCACCAUCUUGACUGUAUCUACGUAUGUAACCAACCAAACUUUUAAUGACACACUCAUCAUCAAACUUCUUCAGAAAUUGAAAAAAAUAUUGAUUUGUUCAGCUGAUAAGUUAUAAGUACAAUCAACAAGGGUGAUGGUCAUGUAGUUCUUUAGUCUCCUGAAGGGUUAGGGUUACACGUCCUUGCUGCUACAGUUACACUUUAAAAUCCGGUUGGUCCUCAAACCACACUGAGAGGAGUUCCCUUGUCCACUAACAGAUUCAGAUAAAAGGAUCUUGGUCUGACACUACAUCAGUAAUCCCAGUUUAUUUGUAAAAAAAAAGAUCAGCUGAUCAACCACAGUAAUAAUAAAAAUAAUCAUGAUAAUAGGGAUUCUGUAAUUUACACAUAUGACUAAGGACAAAUGUGAUUUUUUUCUGUUGUAUGAGUGAGUGAAGCACUUUUCUGGGCUGCUAAAUUCCUUAUCACUUCGAGUGCAUCAUGAUCAUAGAGUUUAAACAAAUCCUAGUGUAUCAUCAGCUCUGAUGCUGCUAACAAAACAAAUAGUUCAUUUUUUCUUUACGUUUCAUUGGCACUCAGUGAAAGGAGACUGGCACAGGAGAACCCUUUUCUCACUGCUAUUCUUGAUCUCUGGUAGCUGCAGGCAAGCUGGGGAUGACUGACUCCCACAUAAGGAGAGUUACAGUUAUCUAGAUAUGAGGUAAUUAUAGCAAAUAAGACAGACUGCAAAUCUCCAGUAGACAGAAAAUGAUAUUCACUUCUCAAUGUGAACAAAACUUCCUGCAAAGGUAACCAGAGUGUUGUUUUUUUAAGCUGUAGAGUGUUAGAGCCAACAUUCAGUGGAGUUAAUAUUACUCAAAGCACUCUGCUAAGUUCUUAGGUUCUUGGUCUCAGUGGGUUGUAAACACUAUCAAUGUUUAAAUCGAAUCAAUAUUUUCUAAUGUAAGUGUCCCUGCCUGUGUUAGGAAUCAGAAAGCCAAGUCUUUAAUCUGUGCUGUGUAACAGCAGCAGCAGCAGCAGCCUGGAGCUGAGUUAGCUCCAGUCGGACAUCAAAAUGAAUUUUAAAGGCAGUAACUACUCGCUGAUCAAAACUGGAUCAUCUUCUAAACCUAAGAAAACUUUGUAGGUACAGUCAAUGCUACUUUUCACUUGUGCAUUUCAUUCAUGACUUAUAUUUUUUCCCAGAAAGGAAUAUCAUGUUUUAGCUUUUCUUAACUAUCUCGACUAAUUAGCUGUAAGGGUUUCAAAUCAUUCUCUUAGCCCAUCCUUACACAUGUUUCUGACUGGUGACGGUUCUGUUUUGGCCUAAAAUAGUACAAAUACACAACACUCAACAUCCUCUCUUCCCCUCGUUUCCUUAACAGGCUGGUGUGUCAGGAGCUGCAGGUAAUGCGAAUCCCAUCGGACAGCAAGGCGUGGCCAACAAGAUUGUAGCCUGGACUGGCGUUCUGGAGUGGCAAGAGGUAACAUUCAGUAAAGAGUCUGAACUAGUGUCCUCAGUAUAAAGCUGUGUCAUGAGAGGAUGAAGAAAGCUUCCUUUUAUGGAGGAUAUGUUUUUGUGUUCCCCAAAAAUUUACAAACCAGUUUGGAUGAAAGGCAGCACUGAAGUGGAGGCUAAAGCCAGCUUAUCUCCCCGCAAUGCAGAGCUCAGUCAGAAAAAAGUACAACCUAAUGGGAAACUGACUCAUCAGCUUUCUUGCCUUGAGUUGGAUGAGAAACACCCACCUUCUUGUCUGUUUGGUUAAAAUCAGGAAACGGCCAGCAGCUUAGCUUAGCAUGAAGAACAAGUAAAGAAAGAAGUGCUUUGCUGAACUUUGUCCAGAGGAAACCAGAUCUGAAUAUGGAUAUAUCUCAAGUUUUACAUUACCUCUUGGCAUUUGCUGUUACUUCUAGAAGUUUUAAUUUGUGACAGGGCAGCCUUUUGGUGACAACAGGACUUUGGGAACAUAAUAUGAUAUUUGAAUUUGUUAGCAUUAUGGUACUAGAGCAGGGAUUUUACGAAAUACCUACAAAUUCAAACGAGCUGUUUCUUAAUCAGUCCAAUUUUUAUGUAAUGAACAUAUCUUUAUUCAAGUGUCUCUUCAUUUUCUGUCGCAGUAUUGACGGUAUUUAUUCAAAUAUUAAAUAUUGAUAUUGUGCAAAAAAAUAAGCAAACAGUAAUACAAAGACUUAAUAGCUGAGGUCCUUUUUACUGGUUGCUAUAAAAUGGAGAGGAAGAAGCAGCAGCAGACUGUUUGUUAACUAGUUUGAAGCAGCUCCCCAAGAGCUGAUUCAGCACUUUUGAAAAACUGAAAUUCAACUUCAAAAUAAAAGCAUAGUGUCAUAAUGUUCAAAAUAAGGCAACCUACACAUGAGACCAAGAAAAUAUCAAAACAAAAGGAUGCAAACAUUUUGUUCUAUGAGGGAGAGUGCUCUCUAAAGAAGCUUCGGUUAGUGAUGUCAAUGAAUCAUAUAUUUGAACAUCAUUAGAAAUAAAUGAUAACAUGAGCGUUAACUGUGUGUAGAUAUGGUGAACAUAGUGAUGCUGCUCCACCCUUGUUUUGCAUUUCUCAAUUUCAUUAACUGUGUUGUUUUAAAAUUUCAAGAUUCUCACAAAUAUAAUAAUAACACUAAUACCGUUAUUGCCAUAUUUUAAGGCCACAGUAACCAUGAAGUGAGAAUCUGAUAUCUGAAUGACAUGGUAUCAUUUGCCAGCCUGGCAAACCAUUGCACUCUGGUGUCUUUUCUAAUUGUGUGUAUACUUAUUAAUCAUCAUUAUUUACAAACUGUAAAUUUGGCGGUUUGUCAGCUCUUUAAUAAUGGGAGUGAAAAGCUCUGAAGAGGGAUUUGACUUCUACUUCAGGCCAAGAAGAGAAUGAGUGUAGUUUAUGAAAGUGUUAUUUCGUUGGUUUUGCUGGACCGAUCUUACAGUUGUAAAUGAGCCUAUAUCAAACAGCUGAACUAAAACAAAACAGCAGGACCCUUUAAGUAUAGAUGUGAUCAUCACAGUGGUAAGUCUUAAUAACCACCUGUCAUUGAUUAUUGCACAGUAUGAUUAAUUGCACAUCAUUUAAGCUUCUUGCAGCUAUUGACAUAGCUCAAGGUCAAAUCAUUGAGUUUACAGUUGCAAUGCUGAGCCAGGAAAAUGGAUGGCUAAUGGCUCUAAUGCGACACUCACGAGGCCCUCAAGUGUUUGUGUUUGGUGGACGGGCUCAGAUCGAUUGCCCUGUCGACCCGCAUUUCCAUCCUCCCUCUCCUGUUUGUCAAAAUUAUCUGAGUGGGUUAAACAGACAGGGAGAAGCACGAGCAGAUCAAAAAACUCAGAGUCUUAGUAGCACAGAAACAUUGCUCUGAAUCUUCCAUUUCUACCUCCACUGCUUUCGUCAGGGUUCCAGCUCUAGAGGUGAAUCUCUAAUGUUUGGAUAGAGAAUUGCUCUGACAAGGACAGUUUUAUUUUUCAUAAAUAGUUCCGCUUUUGUCUAAUUUCAUCACUUUCAUUAGAGUAGACAAACAGCAUUUUUGUCCUACUGUCCUGUAUUGGGAUCCUUUUUUUCUGCAGUAACAAGCCCUGGAAAAUUACUCAUUUGUCUGCAAAAGCCAGCACAAUACAUUUGUAAUGGGCAGCACAGGGACUACAGCAGGCCUGACUAAUAUAUGUGAUUGAUUAAUCAUUGAUCCAGCAUUGAAGAGGUUUGGUGGUUUCCCUGAGUGGGAUUUCCGCAUCGACGUGGGUAGAAAGCCAAUCCUUUCUUUUUUUUCUCUGACAUUUUGCUGUUAAGGAGGUUGUCCCCAGGCUUUUAAAAGUCCAUUCAUCUGUCCAAUUUUUAAUUGCUUGUCCUGAUUGGGGUCAGAGUUGAAAGGAGGUUGGACCCUUUCUGUUCUUUUUUUUUCCUCUGCGAUCUUCUCCAGCUGCUCAAGGACAGCUGGAAGAUGUAAUCCCUUAGCGUGUCAUGGGUCUUUCCUGGUACCUCCAGCUGGUUAAUACCUGCACAAACAGAAAGACACAGCUAGGGGGCAUCCUCACAUGAACCUAGUCUGUUCAGAUUAAAGAGGAGUUCCAACCAUUUUUGACCUAGUCACCUUUUAUUUUAAUUUUUAAUGUUACAUAUUCUGAUGUUUGAGUGACAUUUGGUGUUCACCUUAAAGGGCUGCUUCCUGGUUGCCUUUCAAAGUGUCUGACAGUUAGAACAAGCUGAAACAAUUGUAACAUUGAUUUCUUGAAAACCACCAACCCCCUUUUGACAAAAAGAUCAUUUCACUCUGUGGAUCAGAUUCACUAAAUUAUGCAUGUUAAGAUUAGCGUUUUACUCUGACUAUCUUGGGGACUUGAAGCUCCUGCAAGAAACUCUUGGUUUCUGUCGAUCUUUGCGCCCCCAGCAGCCAAAGCAGAAACUCUACUUUCUUUGCAGAUUAUUUCCAGUCCAUGUUUAUGAAGUGUUUUCUAAGAAAGACUCACUCUGCUCAUUUUCAACACUCUUUAGAAACCUUUGCCAUGGAAAAUACAAAAACUCCUCACAAUGAUUUUAAAGCUCCUGUGAGAGUUUUUUUGCUAGUUAAAAAAAAAGAAAAACAUCUACACUGAUGUAUCUUUAUGACAUUGAGGAUCCAUUUGGACUGUUGUAAUAAAGAAUGACUCCAUUCAGAUGGUUUUUUCACCGGGGGUAGGUACCACUUGUAGUGACUGAGGUGUGCAUUGGUACCUGCCCCUCGAUUCGAUCCUAUUCCGAUUAUCUGCUUAACGAUUCGAUUUGAUUCUCACCUUUUUUUUUAAAACUGCACAUUGUGCACCUAUAAUUUUUCAUCACCUACUACAAACAGUUGGAUGCAUAUUGUUUUGAAUUUAGACUGUAUAGAGAACGGACAGCAUCUGCCUCCUCGCUGGGUGAAGCCACCCAGAGAACAGCGCUCUCUGGUGACGGGCUGCAGUAUAGGUCAUAAAUCCCACCUCCUCCAACAAUCUCUAUGGGGCUGUGGACAAACUUUAGAAAUUUAUUACACAGAAUAUACAUUUUUCUCCCUCUGCUUGCGAUGUUGACAUGUAGUUACUGUGAGAUUGGUUUGUGCUCAAGUCCUCUUUUUUUCUGUGCAGCUCCAUUUUUUAAAAUUAUUAGGGGGUUCAUGUUUUCUGUGAUUGAAACCUGAUACAGCCUAUGGGCGUACGAAGAUUACGUAGCUCACCCGGGGGAUAUCCUGUUUCAGCCAAGUGUCAUCACAGCAACUCAGCGACUCUCUCGCCAAAUGCGUACAAUGCUACUGCGCAAGUGGUGGAGUGCGUACAAUGCUACUGUGCAAUGUUGGUUUCAGGAAGUGGAGAAAAAACGCAGAAUUACAGAGAACUUUUCAACUUCAAAUCCGUAAACUGGCGGAAAACAGAACCAAGUUGUCCAUAGUAUAUACAGUCUGUGGUUUUGAACUCCUUUUUUUAUUUCGAUGUCCCUGAAAAACAAAACAUGAAUCUUUGCACUAUAGUGAAUUACAAUUUUUAAAGUGCGCUGCCUAUUAUUACUUAAAUAAAACAAAAGAAAAUUGCGUUUUCAGAAGAGCAGCUCUAUGACAUGGUACUUUUUAUUGGCAGGUUAUACAGUGGCUGAAGUGUCUUCAGAAGGUAGCGAAACCCAACAUUUUCUACCACCGAAUAGGGCCGUAGAUCCUUAGUAAUGAAGCAUGCAACAGAACUGGUGAUCCUCUUCCCGGCGAAGUUGUCAGCACUUGUUCGAUUGUUGGUGGGGAUGUGCUUGCUGUUUUCUUGGCUGUUGCAGCCGAAGUCCUCGUUUCAUCAUAUUAGUUGCAUUCCCAAAGUACUUUAUUUUCAUCUGGGAGGCUUUACACACAGCAUGCGUCUUCUCAAUCUUCCCAUGAAGUUCAUAAAAGCGGAAAUUAGACCAGAUGUCCGAUUUAAAGGUAAUGGGUGCAUCUUUGAUUACUCUUGUGGUUCACGCCGUAACCCCAUCCACCAUUUCUGUUGUUGUAUUGAUUCUUGUGCAACACAGUGCGCAUGUCAUGGCAACCCUGCCCCUGGAAGUAGUUGAAACCUCACAACUUUAUUGUCCAAGUGCGUCCAGAAAAAUAAAUAAUGAAGGGGGAAAAAAGGAAAAAAGCGAUUAUGUCAUGUCGCUGCAUCGAUGCAGAAUCGUGCACAGCUGAAUCGCAAUGCAUCUUAGAAUCAAUCAUUUUUUUCACCUCUAGUGACUGACAGCACUUGUCUAACAUUUCCAUGGCACAGGUUGAGUCAAACAUAUCUGUUUGUUGUUGAAAACUACUACUACUCAGGCACAUCCAGGACAAAAGCAGCAAAGAGACAAGGGGUAUCACAGGGGGGCUUUGAAAAAAGACCAAAGUUUCUCACAGGAGCUUUAAAGGGACUGCAACAUUUUUUUUCUACAUAGCAUCUUAAUCUUGGAAUAACUGCCUUAUCUGUCGUUUUGACAGAUCUUUAAAUACAAUUAGAUUAGGAAGUUAAAACAUCACUGGCCUCCAAUAAAUUCUUAUCUUUAAGUUGGUCUUGCUGUAGAAAAGAUCAAUAUGUUAUCAAUGAAAAUUCUGCCACUAACUGAAAGCUGCUCUGAAGGCACCCAUUGCACCCCCCCAAAAAAACAAAAAAAACAAACAAAAAAAACCAUCUCAUCUCUGACCUCUGUGCGUGUGUAUCUUUAACAGGCUCACCAUAACAGGCUUAAUCACAGCACAUUAAGUGCUUCAAGCCUGUCAAAAUAAACACAUUUGAAGUGUGAGGAAAUGCUCUAAUUGGGAACUUUUGGUUUGAAGGCAUGAAAGAUGUUUUCAUUUGUGCCCUCAAGUGCCUUAAAAUACUCAUGAACAGUCUCACAUUGAACUCGUUGGAGUUGGAGAAACCCUGUUAAAAGAUGAAGAAGUCCAACAUGACCCUGUAAAAAUAUGUUUGCUAUGUGCUUUUCUCCGCUGGUUAUGAAACAGACUGAGAGUAACUAUGAUGUCUACAAAAGCAAAUGAGGCCAACGGCAAAAAAAGACUAUGGAAUAGAAUGUUUCCACUGAGAGGGGUUAGCUGUCAGUUUCUUCUGGUGAUCAAAUGAAGUAUUAGGAAACAGACUGGAUAAUUAUCUGAUGGUUUAUUGCACACGACUAAAACACGGCUGAUCACUUAAGUAGACAAGCAUGACAUGAAGAUGACAAGACCGACAAUGAGGGGCCACAGCCUGAGGACGGCAUAUGGCUCAUUUGAACAUGCUCUCUUGAAUACAGUCAAACUGAUGGAAAGAAGACACACAUACUCACUCCAUGUAGACAGAAUUAAGAUUAGAUAACAUAUACAAAAUAUUUAGAAGUCGAAUAUGAAAGAAUAAAGAUACAGAUGUUAUUAGCACUGUGAAGAAAAAAAAACAUUUUAUUCAAGUAUUUACAGUCAAUGAAAGAGCAGGGUGAAGUCUUUUGGUCAGACUAGCAGAGAGGUCAGAGGUUUCACUUUGUCCCGAUGAGAUAGGGGGUGCCAUAAUCAACACUGACACAAAGUUCCCCCCGGAAGCUUUAAAUCUCCAUCUUUGAGUGUGUUUCAUUUCUUUGCAUUGUUUCUUUAAAUCUGUCUCAUGUUCUUUUAUAAAGCAAUUUGAAUUUCUGUGGUGUAUCACAUGAGCUUUACAAAUUAAUCGGCCUUGACUUUUCUUCCUCUGGCUCUCUUAUAACCAUCAACUUGUUGUGUCACUUUUUCUCUUUAUGUCAACCCCACAGAAGCCUAAAGCCUCUUCGAUGGACUCAGCCACCAAACUGACGCGCUCCCUGCCAUGUCAAGUGCACGUUAACCAAGGGGAAAAUCUGUGAGUACCCAGGGACAGAGCUGAGACUUUAUUUUUAGGAAACUGAGCCUUGUUUAAUACUGCUCUCAUGUCCCCGGACAGAAACACAGACCAGUGGCCACAGAAGCUCAUUAUGCAGCUGAUUCCACAGCAGCUCCUGGUAAGACUUUCAUUUCUGUUCUUUAAGUGUUGUCAAGUGUUGUGCUGACUUUUGUUUGCAUUUUGUGAAUGAUGCAUGACUGAGUGCCCACUCACUCUCUCUGCAGACGACCUUGGGUCACCUCUUCAGGAACUCUCGAAUGGUUCAGUUCCUCUUCACCAACAAAGACAUGGAGUCACUGAAAGGCCUCUACCGCAUUAUGGCCAAUGGUUUUGUGAGUGUUCAAGCUUUUUACAAAUUCCCGCAGCCUUUAAGUGUUUGUUCCCUCCACAUCCCUAAACUUAUCCAUCAUUUAGUGCCCCCCCCGAUACAUUUUCCAUGAGGGGCAGGCGAGUGCAGCCUCCACCUCUGUCCGGUAGAUAGACUGAGAGCUUCAUGUGUGGUUGCAGUGCUGUGGUACAGACUCUAGAGGGGGUUUCAGGCCACACAUUCACACACUUUCAGAGUAGGUCAUGUUAUUUUGAACAUGCUUUGCAUCAGUCUAAAUGUAAAGUGUCUUUUUUUAAGGUUAGAUUCAGUUCCAAGAAGCUUGCUUAAUCGUUUCUUUGUGUUAAUCAGAUUAAUUGAGAAUUAGCAGAGAUUUAAGAGUGUUCAGUUCAGUUUUGUGCCAAAAUAAGAUUUUUAAAGCAGAGUACGAAUCAAGUGGAAAAACUUUGCAUUGGUUCAAAGAUUUAAAAAAAAGGUAUAGGAGUGGGUUAUGUCGCACCAGACCGUGCCACUUCAUGUUAAAGUCUUACUCUGCCCCUUGACCCUCCCUGCAGGCUGGCUGCGUCCACUUCCCCCACACCACCUCACCCUGUGAAGUGCGGGUGCUGAUGCUGCUCUACUCCUCCAAGAAGAGAAUAUUCAUGGGCCUCAUCCCCAACGACCAGAGCGGCUUUGUCAAUGGCAUCCGGCAGGUCAUCACCAACCACAAGCAGGUCCAGCACCAUAGAGCGGUGAGUGGUUAGAGCGGCGAGAGGAGGAGGAGGAGGAGGUGUGUGUGUGCAUGUGUGUGUGUGUGUGUGUGGGGAGUGGAGGGGGGGGGGGCAAAAGGAGGUGAUAAUGAGGAGGCAUUAUCGAGGAGCUCUGGGGAAUUGAGGUGCAUUGUUUACGGCAUUAAGGUGCAUUGUUAUUGACAUUUCAUUUAGCGUGCCUGGUAUCUUCACAGCAGCCUCUAACGGCUCUCGCUCUAGUAAAGCUAAUGGGGCUAGCAUUAGCUAAAUUCCUGCUGCACCAUUAGCACUCGCACCUCAUUAUCUCUGUUUCAGGGGGGAUAUAUUGGUGCAAUGUUUAUUGCAUAUGUUGCACCCUUCUCGUUGAACAUUGUGUACCAUGACAGAUAAAGUCCUGGAAUAAUCUGGGUGAACAUGCUGAAACACUUCGACACUUUUAAAGCAUUUCUUUAUCGUUUCAGUGUUCACUUUAUUAGAUGCACAUAAUUAACAGUCUACUGCAGUCUAAAACAACUGUUCUGCCGUAAAUUCUGCAUCUAUUAUGCCUAUAUAAUUUCCAGUGUUGACACUGUCAGGAGGUGUUAAUUAAAUUAUGUUGCAGCUCCAUCCUCAUAGCUGCUGAUGUGAUGGGGUUGCAUAGGACUUCAUUCUGUUUCCCUUCCAUUUAUAAAUACAGGGAGGACACAAACAAACAACUUAGGGAUGGGAUGAAAAACCAACAACUAAGACUUCAGAAAUCAAAAUGAACUCACUCAUUCACUGAGAGAGAACAUUUGAAACUGUGGGAUGGUGGAGGACAUUGUUGAGCUGUUGUAAUGAACUGCAAUAGAUUGCACAUCAAAGACUAUUGUGUCACAUGAAAUCCCUUUGGUUCUAUGGAUGAGUGCAGUCAGAUGUUACCUCCCCCUCACUAAGGUGACUACGCCCCCAUUGGAGGGGAAAACAAGCCCUAUUAAAGAGCCAGCGCUCUAUAAGAAAACAUGUGACUUCUGAUACAGCCACAGAAAUCAUUAACAAGAUUAUGUCCUUCCGUCAAAUGAAAAGGGUGGUUUAAGAAAAGCCCACUGCUUCAGAGAAGAUAAAUGUGGUCAACUUAACCACAGGAGCUGGAGCCCGCCUCUGUCACUAAUGCUGGCAGUUUCCUAGUGACAUCUCAGUUCUUUUUCCCAUCAGUGAGCGCUACAGCAAAGGGACUUUGGUGCAGUUGUUUGCCAGUCUGAGUAGAGCCAGACUGAUCUAAAAGCCUUAUCCUCGUCUCACUGCCCUCAUGCCUUAUAAUUUCAAGCAUGUGUACCAAUAGUCAUCUAAAAGAGCUGAUUUCAGAAAACAAGCGCUGUGUAAUACAAGAAAUGAGAAGGAGAAGACUCAACCAAAGCAGCAAAGUUCAAAUUCCCUGAUAAGGUGUGUUGUGUCAGUUCAUGUUACCGCUUGUCUCAAGAUCUUUAGAUGGGGUCAUUUGUCCAGACUGAGAAGAAUUUUUGUGUGAACUCUUCAACUUUUAGCUUUUUUUGCUGACCACAAAAGUCAUAACUUAAAUGUUUACUAGACUGGACCUCCAAUAACCAUGAAUGAAUAUGUUUCAAUCAUUUGAGGCUAUUAGAGAGGCCAACACUGCAGGAUCUCAAUGAACUGCCUUUUCUUUUAGAUGGAGUGGUUUGGCUCAAAAGAGAACAGGUAGCAAGUUUAGGGCACUCUACCUGGAUGGAGUACUGCCUUUUAUAACAUCUUAAUAAAGAACAGGAUGACAACAAAGUUUCUUCACAGGUGUAUGGAUUAAAUACAACAGUAAACUGCAGUAAUACAUCCAUACUUGCAAUAUAUGAUAACCCACAGGCAUGAUAGAGCAGAGCUUUUUCAACAUUUGUAAGAGGCUGUAGAGGUGUGUGAGAUAUCAGUUAAGGACAUUGUCACCAACUAUGGAUCAUCAAACUGAAGCCUGGAGGUAGGAGUGAGGCACUGUAGAGAGAAAUUUUUGUCGAUGACCUCAGUGACUUUAGGGCAGAAUCAGGAAUUGACAUAGUGCAGCGGACAAGUGAAAAAAGCCAUCUUGGAAAAAUGGCCACCAUUUCUAUCAAAUGCUCAUUAUUUUAGUGGUUCAAAUGAUGAUGCAAGCAUAAAAUUUGGCACAAAUACUCUCUGAGGGACACUCUUGAAAAAUAAUGUUAGACACUUGAAAAUUACAGAUGGCAGCCAUUUUUCAAGAUGGCUGCCACUUUAGUUGAAAAUUGGUAUGAGUAGUGUACAUGGGUCACUUGACCAGAAACUGCUCACAACCACAUAAGACAGCGCUAAUCAGAAACAGCACCAAUCUCUGUGUUUUGAUGAAGUAAACCACAGCUUAACUUUUUGUUUUUUCACAGAAUUUGGGUUUGACAGUGCUGCAGAGUUUGUCAUGUUGAGUUAUUAGCUACGUUGUGUAGUUUGUAGGAUAAUGCAGAUACUCAUUUUAAAGAAAUUGUCUGGAGAUCCAGUUUUAAGCCAUUUUCAAAUGUUUUAUUCUGGUAUUUUUUUUAAUGAGUGAUUCAGAGCCCACUGGAGCAGUCACGUGUUUUUUUUUAGCCAUUUCUUUAUGUAAAACAUGUUUAGUUUAAAUAAAAUAAGAAGUCUUCAAUCACUGAUAAAAGUACGAGUUGCAGCAUUGGCUCUAUUAAUCUUCCCUUGUUGGAUGAAUCUCCUGCUGUGUAACUUCACCCCAUCAGUUCUUGUCUCCACUAACACAGGAUAUUCAACUUUCACACACUUCUGUCAUGUUCACUUUGGUUGGAAAAAAAAGAGAAGUUGUAAGAUUACGCUUCAGUAAAUGACCCCUCAACCACCCCCCGGUAGUCCCUUAUUUAAUAUUUCAGUCCUAGUGGCCCCGAUGUUAACAUUACAUGACGUGCUGUAGGCUAAGUGAUGUGAUGACGACAAAAUCAGGGGCAACCUUGAAGGACAGGGUUAAAAAAUCCAGAGGCUUCCCGCCUCUUCUGUGAAGGUGGACCAGCUCUCAGGGCUGAGUUCAUCACGGGCGACAAACGCUGCCUUGCUCACAUGACAUACAAAUUUCACUUUCCCUCUCUGCUUGUCCUCAUCCCUGGAGACAGGCGGAUUUCAAAUGUGUCCUCUGGAUUUGCCGUCUUUCCCAUCAUAGGGCUCCACUGGAGCUCCUGCAGCCUGGAGGAGGAGGAGGAGGAGGAAUGCUGCACAGCUUUGAAACAAUGCUGCAUCCAGUCAGAGAGACAGAACUGUGUCUCCAUUUAAAAUUGAAGCCUGCUGUCAGGUUUACAUGACUUGGAUUACAUUUCUGCUCGCAGUCUGCUCUCAUCAGCCGUGAUAGCGCUUGUUUGCUCACUCUGCUAAUUUCAUGUCUUCACAGAAGAGCACCAGUGCUAUAUGCGACUCUGAGCUGUGUGUGUACGAGCAUCAGGGCAUUUAGAGAAGGCAGAUGACAUGAAAUUGUAAUGAAGACUUUUUUUUUCGCCUCUUGUGUAUCAUCACAUAUUUAGUGCUGCAUUGCUAAUAGGGAAGCGCUACAGCAAUCUUGACGUAAUUAAAAUUUCAAUUCAGACCAGUAGCUAUGGUUUCCCUGUUGUGCCCGUUAUUUUACAAGACUUUUUUUCCCUUCAAAAAAAAGAGGUUUUAGAUCUCGAUCUUGAUCUGGGGUUUUACAGGUUCCUGAGUCAAAGUCAGGAGAUCAAUCAUAGACAGGAGAAGAGAGAGGAAGAGCCAGGCACUUUGUUUUCGCCCUCAGAAGACUUGAAGUUUCACUUUUGUUGUUGUUGGUCAGAAAAACUCACUGGGCACAAGCAGAAUCCCAGGGUGUGUUUUUUUUUUUUUUUUUUUUUUCCUUUAGAUUCGGUAAGAUGGAUGGGUGGAGGUGUGUUUCCACCAUGCUGUAGUUAAUAAUUUGUGCUUAGCAGAAGGAAAAAAAACUCCCUUUAUUCCUCCUUUUCUCUCCCUCAGUGUAGAAAAAGAAGCCACCACAGCACCUGCAGAAGACGGCUAAUUUCUGCUCCUUCAGAUGUCACAGUUUUGAGCAGUCACCUGUCCCAUGAUGCAGUUUCCCCCCUGUCUGAUUCCUUUUGAAACACAGGACUGUCUGGACUGAAGAAAAGAGUUAGAUUUGUAGCUGUAGGAUGUAAAAUAAGUCUGGAGUUAAGCACACAGGUGUCUUUCCAACAGGUCGCUCCCUUUCUUUUUAAACUCUGCAUUUGUCAAAACAGCGGCUGGAUACUGUAUGUGAGUUUUUUAACGCCACACUUUGCUAACAGCUUUAGUCAUCAAGCUUGAGUUUGUUCUAAAGCGUGAAAUCUAAAAUAGCAAACAUAGCAGCAGGUGGUGCUUCAAGUGUCAUCAUGUCCGUGUUUGUUUUUGCUUUUUUGUCGGCACGCUCACAAGCAAAGAGAGAGUGUUUGCUUUCAGCCCAACGCUCUCAAGUUGUUAACACAGUAAACAUCCAUUACAUGGGGAGAAUAUGUCGACUGAGGAUAUGGAUAAUGAAUUUAUUUUGAAAAGGCAAAAAGAGCCAAAAUGACAGGCUUUGUGUGAUUUAUUCAUCUGUCUGGACUGAAGGUGUGAUCACAGAGUUGUAGCUUUUGAAAGUGGUCUGAAUUUUAAAGGAGGUUGCAAUAUUCAGGUCUGCUAUUAAACAGGCAUGUGCCAAUGCUUGCAGCAGAGGAAGAAUCCCUGAACAGUGAUUGGCUGAGGAAGAUUCAUGUUUUAUAUUUCCAGCUCAGACAGCCGAAGCCUCAUAAAAGUUUCAGCUCCGUUUUGCACCAAACAAGGACGGACAAAUCUACAUUUUCUUGUAAUUAUGUUGAACUUGCAUUAAGAAGCUUGUGUGUCUUUGACGUUGAGAGAUCUGAUGAAAAUGAAGCCUCCAGUGAUCGUUACAGAUGUGCUAUCAUGGACUUUUUAUUUCUGACCUUCUAUGGAGAUCUGUUUGGAUCUCAAACUUAUUUAUCAGGUGUUCAGAGUAAGUCUUUUCUUCUUGCCAGGAACCUGAAAAUGAAAAAGCUGCAAAUGCCAUGAAAUAUUGAGUGUCCUGAAGGGUUUGGAUUUGAACAGUGGGCAGGAUUUUGUUCUUGAAAACAGCAGAUGUGCUGUUUUUUUUUUUUUUUUUUUUUUAGCUUCAAAGGGUAUCUGCCUCUUAAAGUGAGACUCUCAGAGCUCUCUGGGACAAUGAGUAAGAAAUAAUCUUGUCAAUAAAUCAAUCAAGCUUUAUUUAUAUACAGUAGCUUUUUAUACAAAUCAAAUACAAUUCAAAGUGCUCAGCAGCAACUGAAAAGAAAAAAGCCAAAAAUGACAGAAAACAAGGCAUUUAUAUAUCAAGAACUGGAAGAGGUAGAUACAAAUGCAUAUUGACAGCUUAAAAAAUAUGUGUAAUUAAGAAAAGUAAAGAACAAUGUCAAAAUAAAGUUAAAAAAAGAUUAUCAAAAAACAAAUAUUAGUAGUUAGAUAUAGAUAAAUGCACUAAAAAAGCAAUUAAAGUUCAAUAAUUAAACCUGACUUUCAAAACCAACUUUUGUUGCAAUCACCACCACACCUCAGGAUUCAAACUUUGAGGUCCGUCAGGACCGGCCUGAGCUGGAAUCAAAUAUUUUUUUUGCAUCAAUGUUUAACCGAUUUAGAGUGCUAACCAAAACAAAGGUUUUUCUCACAGUGUCAACAGGCAGAGGUGAAUUUGAAUACGCAUGAGUGGUCAGGUUGCUCCAAGCAUUUGCUGUAGAGAAUUAAUUGAGGUUGUUCAGGGUUUUGGCCACUCAGAAUGAAGUAUUAAACCAAGCCUGGUAAGAGAAAAGAAAUCUGAGUUUCCAUUAUUUACCCAUUUAGGGGACUAGCAAAAACCCUGGGCUGCCUUGUUGUAAUGUUUCUUCAUUUGGUGUCUGGGCUGCCAAACUGCUCAGUAGACCUCUUGUACAACUUCUUCUUACUUUCAAAAACAUGAUACUGUCUGGCUUUUUAUAUUAACACUAACUUUGAAUUUAAUUUAAAGUGUAUGUUUCAAUCUCCUCUAUAUUUGUGUGUAAACAUAGACCGAUGUCAGUCAGUCACCAUACCUAUAAAAGCGGUAGAUACUUGGUGAGCAUCUUCAAUGUCUCAUUUAUUUUAAAGGUAAUGUUGUCUGCAUACACUCAUAGAUUUUGUUUCAUUGUGCAGCAAUUAGGUGGAGCAGGGGGUCCAAUGCAGCCUGGCCAGGUUGCCCCUAACCAGAACUUCCUCAACCGGGCCCCUGGUCCCAUCCCUGUCUCCCAUGGCAAUGUCCAGCAGCAGGUAACUGAGCUUAUUCUGUGCUGGCGGGUCUGCCUGUGAUUCCCUCUCUCACACACUGCCUGGUGUUGACACAUUUACUGCCCUGGUGCCCGCUAAUCUCUGCAUGCAUGACUGCUAACCCUUUCCUCCACUGUCCUCCUUCUUUUUUUUUUUUUUUUACACUUCCACCACCAUUUCCCCUCCUCCUCCUUCCCCUCCUCUCUGAUCUGUCCUGUGUCCAGUCUGUGGUGGUGGGCAUGCCCCCUGUUAGUCAGGUGUCUAUGAUGGAGGAGCAGCAGAGGCAGAACAACAUGGUGAGAAUUCAAUUGCUUUUUAACAUGCAAGCAGACAUGUUUGGGAUGUCCUCAGGUACUUCAUUUUAAUACAGUCAUCAUGUAUCCGAUGUAGUGAGAGAAUGACUCCAUUUCUUCUGUUUCACUUAUUUCAAUUUGUGCAAAAAAAGUCACCUCAUUCUCACUGCUCAGAGUCAGGCGAGUGGGCAGCAAACUUCCUAUUAGCAUGUUAGCUUUACCAGUUCCCUUCCUCCUGUAGCAUGCCGUUCACAGAGAAAGCAUAUUUCAUGAUUAACAUGCAUGCAUAAGUUUGUAUACUUUACUGAGGAGGGGCUGUCUGCACUGAGCAUGAGGUGAGAGUCUUCUUCCUGCUUUAAACCUUAAAGCUGCAUUUUUUAUGUCAGUUUUACCUCUUUUAAAAACAGCUCCACUAAUACAAGCCUGAAGGUGAAACACUUCUGUAUGUGCAAAACCAACACAUUCUUUUAUCAGCGUGAAAAUUAAUAGCUUAGUUGUUUUCUUCAAAUGCCCUGAGUUGAAGUAACCACUUGUUGGCCAUGAUGCCAGAACCCUCAAUCAUUUUUGAUAAUGCUGAAGAGGUGAUAUGACAGAAGUGUGAGAUAUUCAAAACUGCCCUUCAGAUGACAAUGAGAGCAACGGGACCAGCCAACCAACAGCCACCCGUCGGCGGCGCUCCACCCAACCAGGUUGCACAAAGCGGACAAGCCCAGCCCCAGGGUCCCAUACUCCGCCUCUCAAACCCAGGAGCCAAUCCCCAGCUCCGCAGUCUUCUCCUCAGCCAGCAGCAGCCAGUAAGAACAAAUCCUCCUGUAACCAAAUGUCCCACAGAGACUGCUCCUUCAUCUGGAUCUAAUGUGUCUCCUCUGUCCUGAUGUCUCUCAUAGCAGCCGGGCCCGGUGUCUCACAUGCAGGGUAUGAUGCCUCACCAGGGUCUGGGGCAGCAGUUGGUCCAUCAGGCGCCAGGAGGGGGGGCUCAAAUGCAGGGCCAGUGGAGACAGCCAUUGGCAGGUCAGUAAGCACCCCCCACAGAGGAGGAAGGAGAUCAGAAAGCAUUUGACUUAAGAAGACAUGCAGCUCUUAAAUGUAGGUCAUAAUACUCCACAAAUACACAAGGUACAAAGCUUUAAAAUCUAGAAAGAUUUUUAAAAAAUUAUAUCGCCAGAAAAAGUAAAAAGAGACAAAAAGUGUGUUUUUGUUGAGCACAGCUUUGAGAUCAGGACUUCAUGAGUGAAUGUAAAAAGGAGUUAAAAAAACAGACCUAGUUCACGCUUCUCUUUCAAUGACCACAUACUGAAGCCUGCAGCACUUUUUAAGAGGGGGUAGUAUCUAUUUUUUAGACUGUACUUCCUCUCUGACUCCUCUUAAAUAUCUUUUUGUGAUUUUUAGUUUUAGAAAAAAGCCUCAAAUUUCUCACAGUGGUCUAUUAAAAUAUCGUUAUUUCAGUUUCUGUUUUAAGUGCUUUGGUUAAGGUGCUGUCUCUUUAAGGCCCCAAACUAUAAGCCCACUUUCCUCUGAUUGGCCACCUCUCUGGAGGCUUUCGAGAAGCCGGCCAAGGGCUAGGCUUGAUGUUUUGGCUCCGCCCCUUCUAUUGUGGUCAAUCAAUAGAGCAGCGGAGCAGUUACCCCACUCCUCUUGAGACCCCCGAGGUCCCAUUCGGAGCAGUUUAUUUUAUUUAAAAAAUAAACUGCUAUUUAUUUUUAUUUUCUAGGACGUUGUCAGCAUAUAUCUACCCUGUAAUUUGAAAGCUGCAUACAUGUAGUUUGGACACAAAACUUUGUAACGCUGCAUUUUUUGUUGUAAAUGUGGAAAGGCAUGAUUCUCCCCCUUUAAAGAUGAUUCCUCCUUUUUAUUGUUUGUACAUUUUAAAUUUCUUUCUUUUACUCCACAUGCUACCUCAUUUAUCGACAGCCAUUAUCUUGUGAGACUUACUUAUUUACCUAUUUAAUCUCAGUGUUCAUUUUUUAUAUGAGUUAAUAGAAAAGUUAGGGGAACUUCUAUAAUUCAUUUGUUAAUGUUGAGCCCCAAUAUGACAAAAUCCUCUGCUUCAAGAGAAGUUUCCUUUCCUCUCACUCUGACAGACUGUCAAGUUCUCUUGUAAUAAAGUUUCCUCAUUUGAAAAGGACCAAGUAUGCUACCUAUAAAAACACUUUUUCUGUCUUUUAUUUUGAAAGGUUCAGUUUAUUGUUUUCAAGGAUAUCCAAUGGAAUGCACUUCUAUUGGUUGGGUUACGUUAACAUUAGAGAGAGGUGAAAACCUUUAAAAAAAAAAAAAACAGAAAUUACACAUGCUUAAUGCCAAUAAAUCAACAAACAAUAACUUUGUGCUGUAGAAGAAAACAUUAAAGUCCCAUUCUAAUUGUUUUUUUUCUUCUUCUCCUUAAAGUACUAAAGUGUUCUCAGUGGUCGUGAUUAUGAAGUUUUUAGCCGAAAUCACAUUACCUGUGUCAUUUUAAGGGCUUUUCUUCUGCAGAGCUUCAGAGGCUCAUUAGUAAUUCACCUCAGAGUUGUGGGCGGAGACAGCACUGCUCUGCACACUCCUCUUCACGCUUGCUUGCAGCCUGACAUUGCCGGUGUAGUAGAAGAAGCAGGUAACAUAGGAGCUAUUCAGCUCUCAGACACUAAUGUCUUUAGGGACAUGAUGAAAGUUAAUAUCAUAAUUAGCUUUCUUACAAGCAUCACAAUCUGCUAACGCACAUGCUUGUUCCACGAUUGUCCUCUCUACUUCUGGAAGUCUAGCCCGCACAGCGGGGCUCCAGGGGCAGAGCUUGGUUUUGUGACAUAGCAAAUCUCACUGUGUCUGAACCGUCCAGAGAUUCACAGUGAUUUGAAUGCAGAAAUACUCAGAAAUGUAAUUUUGCACUUAUUUUUCUCACAUGUCCUGUAGCAUCAGAAAAAUGCCAAAUGUAUUUAUAUAGUGCCAAUUCACAAUAGUCGUCAUCCCAAGAAACUUUUCAAAGAACAAGAGCAGGUCUAGACCACGCUCAUUGUUUAAUGAUCAAGAACCAACCUAAGAUAGGUUUUGGCCCAUAUCAUCUAACAUGGGUAGCAGUGGCAAGAAAAAACCUCGUUUUAACAGGCAGAAACCUUGAGCAGGACCCAAUUCAUGCCAGACAGCCACCAUGUCGCUGCUGUGUUGGGGAGGAAUGUAGAGAGAAGAGGGGAGAGAGGGGGAGAGAGAGAGAGAGAAGAGGGGAGAGGGUAGGGGGAGAGAAAGAGAGAACAAGAUAAGGGGAAGGAGAGAGAGAAUGACUAAGGAGAGGCAGGGGGAGGGAGAGAGAGUAGAGAACGAGGGUGAGAGAGAGACAGGGGACAGCAGGAACAACAGCAACAACAACAACAGCUCAUAUAAUGGUGAAACAAAACAAAUUCAGUUUACAGGGUUAGGAUAUGAGUAAUUAUGGACUAUGUUAAAUUAAUUUAAUGUGAUCACAGUCAGCAGGCCUAAUAGUAGUUAACUCUAGCUUUAUGUUAUUAAUGUCAGUGAGGCUGAUGUUCAUGUCCACAGCAACAGUCCAGAGGAAUCCAAGAGAAGAGGGAGCUCAGGGCCUGAGGCGGACAAUCAUAGACGAUGCGGCUGGAGUCAGGCAGGUCUGCAGCAGCCAUCAGUCCAGAGCAACCUAGGAGACUGGGGCUCAGAGACAUACAGAAAGAUCUGGUUAGCAAUUUGAUGGGAGAAAAUGACUUCAAUGUACAGGAUACUGAAGUAACUAAUGAUGGACUAUGUUAAAUUAAUUUAAGGUGAUUAAAGUUAAAACUCCAGCACCAUGCUGUUCCAUCUGGACUCAGACUUGUGGCUCAUAAGUGUGUUUUGCAGCAAGACAAUGACCCUAAACACUCUGCCAAGCUCUGUCAGGGUUACCUAGACAAAAAAGAAGAGGAAGGUGUUCUUCAAAAGAUGGUUUGGCCCCCUCAGUCUCCAGACCUUUCUCAAUAGAGAUUGUGCGGAAUAAAUUGGAUCAAUCCGACAGAAAAAUGCGUCCCAUGAAUCUGCAGUCUCUUUUUAAUGAACUUAAGAAAGCUUGGAAUGCAAUCCCUGGAACAUACCUUAAAAAACUUGUGGAACAAAUGUGUCAAGCUGUUGUUAAAGCCAGAGGAGGUUACUUUAAAGAAAACAAAGUCUAAACAACAAUAACUCAAAUACCUAAUAAUUAUAAUCAAAAUGUCUUCUGAUAAGUUACUCUUUACACAAUAGUCAUGUUUAUUGUGUUGCAAAUUAUAUAUAUGAAACUAUGAUGUUUUUUUGUACAAAUCUGAUCUUGCUUCCAAACUUUUGGCCUGUAGUGUAACUGUCAAGGAGAAGUUGUGUUGUCCAGAUGUUGAACUGUUGGCAGUUGCUCUUCGGCCACAUUAUGCUCCUAGAGAAUUUAGUCAUACCAUAACAAUAGUUGUUUACAUUCCACCCAAAUCAACUGAAGAAAUUCUGUGCGAUGUUUUGCAUAAUAGUGCAGCCAGGCUAUAGACUCAACAUCCGGAGGCACUAAUAAUAAUAUCAGGAGACUUCAACCAUGUCACCCUCUCCUCUCACCUGACUGGAUUCACACAGUUUGUGAACUGUCCUACCAGAGAAAAUAAAACCCUGGAUCUGCUGUAUGCCAGCGUCAAAGAAGCCUACAGAGCCACUGCCUUACCACCACUGGGCAAGUCAGAUAAUAACUUGGUCUAUCUGCAAACCUGGCCAAAGUCAAAAUCAGAAGAUGGACACCUCAAGCCAGUGAAGCUCUAAGGGACUGUUUUAAAUCAACAGACUGGAAUGUGCUGCUGGAAACAGAUGUGAAUAGUAUGAACAUUGACAAACAGGUUGACUGCUUUACUGAUUAUGUCAACUUCUGUAGAGACACAGUUAUACCGACAAAGACUGUUCGCUGUUUCCCCAACAGCAAACCCUGGAUCACAAGUGACAUAGAAGCAAUCCUCAACCAGAAAAAGAAAGCUUUUAAAGAUGGUGACAAAGAAUGACUCAAACAAGUGCAACAAGAGUUGAAGAGGAGACUGAGGAAGGCAAAGCUGGAAUACAAAAAGAAGAUAGAGAAGAAUUUACAACACAGCAACAUCCGUGAAGUGUGGAGAGGAAUCAGUACCAUCUCUGGACACAGCAAUUAAAAGAAAAGACAGCCAGUGGUGGGUGAUCUAGAAAGAGCUGAUGAACUCAACCUGUUCUUCAACAGAUUUGACACUGCUGUCACACCCACUUCCACUGCUACUCCACCUUACUCUCCGCAACAAAUCUCCACUACAACUUCUCCCGUUCCGCCUUCAUCUGGUUCAAAUGUCUCAACCACUUCAACUGCCUCCCUCCUAGAACACCAGUCCUUGUCUGUCACUGAAACAGGGGUGAGGAUGGAGCUUGGAAGACUUUGUCCUGGGAAGGCAGCUGGUCCAGAUGGUGUGUGUCCAAGGCUACUUAGAGACUGUGCUUCAGAACUGUGUCAACCUCUCCACAGGAUCAUCAACCGUCUACAUCUACAACUGGGGUGGGUACCUGCUCUGUGGAAAACAUCCUGCAUUGUGUCAGUACCAAAAACAAAAUGGCCUGCUUAACUCAAUGACUACAGACCAGUGGCCCUCACUUCACACGGAGCGGCUGAUUCUACGGCUGAUUCUAGGUCAAAGACAAACUGGACUCCCUGCAGUUUGCAUACAAAGAACACAUUGGAGUGGAUGAUGCUGUCCUCUACAUGCUUCACCGUGCCCUGUCUCAACUGGAGGAACCUGGGGUUUAUGUGAGAAUCAUGUUCUUUGACUUUUCAAAUGCAUUCAACACCAUCCAACCCACCAUAGUUAAAGACAAGCUCACAGAGAUGGGAGUGGAUCCUUACUGUGUUUCCUGGAUCACAGAUAACCUGACAGGAAGGCCACAGUUUGUCAGGCUAGGGAACUUUGUUUCUGGGACAUUAAUGAGCAGUACAGGGGCUCCACAAGGGACAGUGCUGGCACCAUUCCUGUUCACACUGUAUAUGUCAGACUUCAAAUACAGUACUGAGUCCUGCCACAUCCAGAAAUACUCAGAUGACAUCGCUACUGUGGCAUAUAUCAGAAAUGGACAAGAAGCUGAAUACAGAGAUCUAAUAGGAGCCUUCAGUGACUGGAGUCACAAAAACUGCCUCCUCCUCAACACCUCAAAGACAAAGGAGAUGGUCAUAGACUUCCGUAGAUCCAAACCUCCUCUUCAGCCAGUGAACACCUGUGGAGUGGACAUCAAAGUGGUGACAUAAUAUAUAAUAGGUGAACAUCUGGAUGAUAAGUUGGACUGGUCUGAGAAUAUAGACUUCAUCUACAGAAAGGGGCAGAGCCGCCUCUUUUGCCUGAGAAGACUCAGAUCAAUAGACAGCUGUAGUAAGAUGCUGCAGAUGUUUUAUCAGUCUGUGGUGGCAAGUGUUCUCUUCUACGCUGCAGUCUGCUGGGGAGGAAGUAUCAAACACACAGAUGCAAGACGUCUGACCAAACUGAUGAAAAAGGCUGGCUCUGUGGUAGGACUCAAGCUGGACUCAGUGGAGGAUGUAGUGGAGAGAUCUACACUGAGGAAGGUUGAGACUAUUCUAAAUAACAUGGAUCACCCACCAUAUAACACCUUAAUAGACCAAAGGGCCAAUGGUGGUGGACGGCUCCUCUCUCUUCGCUGCAGGACAGAAAGAUUCAGAAGAUCUUUUGUACCAACAACCAUCAGACUUUAUAACUCUUGAGUAAAUAGUAGAUAACUUUUAGAGACAUGUCAAGUGAGACAACAGACAAUUGAAUUUGCCUUCGGGGAUCAAUAAAGUUCGUCUUAUUCUUGUACUUAAAUUAAUUUUAAUAUCCCUUUAAUGACUUAUAAUGGAAAACGGGGUGAGAUAUUUUUUGUAAGAACACACAAGUAACACAUUAACAGAAUGUCAAAAUGAAAAAGAUGGAAAAGAGAUUUAAGUUCAUACUUUAAAUCUGUUUUUCCGCAUCUGUUUGUUCUGCCGUGGCGUAAUUUACGUUUGUUUUUCUGACUUAAGAGCUCAGGGAUGUGUUGAGAUAUGAGGUUUAUUGGAUGCUGAUACACUUUGAUUUGAACUGCUGUUGAUUUUUUCAUGUUGACCUCAUAAGCAGGUGCUAAGGGAAAGGAAAAACAUUCAAAAGCAUGAUAUUAUUUUGAAAAAAAGCAUGCACUGAUAUAUUAAAAAUGUUAUCCUAUUUUGGUACAGAAUAUGACAACAAUUAGCACUUAGCACUAACUCAUGUUUGAUGAGGAAAAAAAGUAAGGUAGCUAGGCCUGUCGCGAUAAUCAAUAAAUCGCCUUAUCGCUCUGUAAAUAAAAACGAGGUCGGUCAUUUUGCCAGCCUCGAUAAUUGACGUGCGUUUGUUUUCCUCCUCUCUCGCUACCAAACACGCUGGAUGAGAGAAGAGGUCUCACUCUGCGCAUUUUUCUCGGCACCUGGGGGCGUUGGCUCUAUAGCGGAAUGAACGGAGUUAGUGAACCCUCCUGUCAGUCAUUCAGUGUCUUUGUCACGAGGGGGCUGGCGCGCGCACAGGCACACAGACACAGACUUUUGGAUACAGUGCUGCAAGUGAGCGUCGUGAGUGAAAAGCAAGCAAACAGAAUGAACACGACAGCUUUGGUGUCUAAACCGAACGCAACAGCCCAAGUGUGGGAAUAUUUCGGCUUUAAACCAAUUUUGUUUUCGUCAACCACAAAAAUCCACGUGUGUGUCUGUGUGUUGGAGGAGCACAGCAGGCUGAUGAGAGCUGUCAGAGCGGACUGAAGCUGCUCCUAUAUGUUUAGCGUUUAACUGACUGAGUUCUGCAACUCUGUUCGUGAUUUUCGUCUCGUCCCAUCAACGUAAACGCACUUUCGUCUCGUUACAUUUUCGUCAUCUCCGACUUAUGUUUAGCUCGUCAACGUUACGUCUUCGUCGUGGGUGAAAUUAAAGUUUAUCACUUUUGACACGGUGUACUCGCAUUAUUAUGCCAUUUAAUAUCAUUAUCUAUAAUUUAAAAAACGGUGUCAAUAAUAUCGUUUAUCGGCAAUAAUUUGUAGCACAAUUAUCGUCCAGCAAAAUUUGUUAUCGUGACAGGCCUAAAGGUAGCAGUAUAUCAGUACAGAAAGAUGCACAGUAGUGAGAAUGACAGUGCUUCAGUUGAUUUGAUCUUACUCUCCUGCUUUCAAGUCUGACUUUUACAAAACUGUGAAAAAUAUUGAAUAAUCUGAGAGCCCUCUCAUCUAUCCCCCCCCCCAACCCCCCUACCCAAACAUCCCACCCCGUCUGCAGGUCAGAUCCUGAUGUCAGGAGGUCAGAGGGGUGCUGUCCCUCAGCCCGGGAUGCCUCAAGUCUCCAGUGUCAUGGAGGAUGAAAUCCUCAUGGACCUUAUCUGAGUUAGCAUGCCAGACUCAGACUUUAUUUUUAUGUUUUUAGCCAAGUCUUGGCAAACCUGUUUUUGUUUUUUGCCAGUUUAGACACAUGUAUCCGCUCUGUUGCUUUACAGCUACAAAUGUUCUACAUAAUUAAGGAACAAAUCAUGAGUAGUUUUUUUUCCCCUUUUUUUCACGGGACUGAGCAGCUGAAGUUAAUUAGGGGCAGACAAUGCGAGCAUUAGUUUUUCAUGUAAAUGAACGAACCGACAGCACGCUAAUCCGCCGCAGUGAAGAAGCCAAGCCAGUGGAAAUGGACACUUAUGUGGAGCCUCUGCAAACACCACUUUUCUAUAUAUUGUAUCAUGGACAUCUGAGAUAGUUUUUUUUUUUUUUUUCCAUUAGGAUUUUACAUUUUCUCUGUUUGAUUUCUUUUUUAAAUCACGCUAAAGUUGUUUUAUGGGAAUGAAAUAAAAGAAAAAAGAAAGAUCUAUCAGAA